AAAUUUUAACCGUCCGAAGUCCGAAGCCUAUAAUACAGCCAUGGCCAUUGCCAUUGGUGCCCUGCACUGAGCACAUCGCAUCCAUGAAACCGUGGGUCCGAAGACGAAGACGUUGUCUCACUGAGAAGAUACACUUCAUGAAUUUACAGGAGAACUGAAAAGCCUGCAUGCGCAGUCUACAAUCGACUGAACAGAUCCAAGAUGUGAUCCGAGAGCGAGCACAUGUUGGAUCUGCUCGGUCUGUCUAUUUGUUUGUUUGUUUGUUGGAUCCCAGGCAACAGAAUGCACAUGUGAAGCUAGUGUACAAAGCUCACGAAAGUGACGAUCAAAUCUAAGCAUGAACUCCGAAGGCGGUCUUCAACACGAAUCAAUCAAAGCUCAGUAACUAGUCUUCCAAGUCUCCACCGUAGGCAUCCAAGGUUCACGACGUUCAUCUUAAGCGGCCGUCUGUACACAAAGAGAAAACUGCCCAUGAGCUCAUCACGAUGCUGCUGCGAACAAACACACUUCCGACUCCAAGGGCCACCUCGAACACUUCCGCCGCCUUCUUCGAGCGGCCCUUUCUGACAUCCCGUAGAGAGAAAUAUAUUCAUCCUCGGCGAUCAAAAGAAAGAGAGGCACCAUCUGAACGCGUGGAUCCAAAGCGUUCAGAUCAGUAAAAACUAAGCCUACGUCUACGGCACCCUUGCAUGCGCUGGCUAAACCUUCCAGCCUCCUCAUGUCGAAAAUCUGAUUGAUGAUGAUCCUGAUUCGGACUCGGAGAUUUGAGGACUGGCAAUUCGACAAAUAGCUUUCGACAUGUGAAGAAUUCAGACGGUGGCGACAAAACUGACUGACCGGAGCAGCAGCUAAGCUAUGGCGGAGCCAGAGACGGUUCGAAUGCACACAAAUGGUGUGGAUCGUAGUUGCCUUCCAGCAUCGGAAUCCAGUCCCAAGAGUUCUCGGACAGAUUGUGGACGAGGACGAUCAAGCCUCCACACGACCUCUCCCUGCACGGAUCUAUGAUGAAGAGGAAGUCGGAUUUGGAAAUGCACCACCAAAUAUCGUGGCGGUAAGAGAAGCGAGUUCGGAAUCUCAGGUCCUCGAAGACAUUGAGGGGAAGAUCCUUGAGGUGAAUCCACAAGCUGGAGCACGACUCGUCGAGCUUGUAGAUGGAGAUAUUGGAGCUAGACUUCGUGAUCAGCAAGACGCUGCCACGGUGCUCGACGAUUCGGGCGUGAUCCAUCCACACGUGGGCCCCGAUCGCAGGAAUGACGCUCCAGCAAUCCCUCUCGAGGUCGUACUUCAUCAGCAUCCACUCCCACAAAGCUCCAUCCUCCGGCACGAGAAGCAGAGCCGCGAGGCAGAAGAAGGCCCCGCUGCAGUACACGCUUCCGCCGAGCCAGAACAGAAUGUCUCGCGGCACAUCGGCUCGCUUCUUCCACGACUGCGACCCCGAGUCGUAGACCAGCAGCCUGCCGCGAAGAAUCCCCGCAUUCACCCCAUCGCCGCCGCUGCCGUCGCACUCCGACACCACCACCACCACGAGCUCGUAAUGUCCCGUGGCCGCGUUGGCCCCCAUGGCCACCUGAAUCCGGUCGAUGGUGUAGAGGCACGGGAAUGGCGACUCGCCCACCGCCGGGUCGGGCAUGAGAAUCUCCUUAAACCUGCGGGUCAGCGGAUUGCAGAUGACGAGCUUCUCGGGCGCGUAGGUCGAGAAGCAGAGCAGGCCUCCGGCUGUGGCGAUCAGGCAGAGGCCGCUGGUGAGCAGGUCGACCUCCAGGAAGGUGAGCGGCUGCUCCUGCCAAUCCUUGGUGAUGGAGUUGUAGGUCGAGAAGGAGCCUCGGCCGAAGUGCACGGGCACGCAUUUGGGCGAGGGAUUCUCCAGGUACGGGAUUUCGUUGGCGUGAAUCAGCUGGUUCCAUCGCUUGCACACUCGCCGCAGUCGCACCAGGCUCUCGAAGGGCACUUUGGUGAACACGCGCUCCAGCAGCUCCUCCGGAAAGCUCCUCCACAAAGUGGACGACAGUCCCGACGACUCGUCUGCCGCCUCUGCGCUCGCGCUUCGGCUCGAGCACGGCUCCGUGGGCGGCGAGGGCCUGCGGGCAGAGGUGAUACGAGCGGAAUUCAGAGCCUUUUACGGCGAAUGCGAUCGACGAGCCGUCAGGGGCAUCGGGAAUUGAAUUGACGAGGAAUGCAUGGAGCCCGGAAGCGCUCAGUGGCAGGUCGAGCCUCAACAGCUCGACUGACAGAGGAGGCCGAGAAAACCCUAAGAACACGAGAUUGCUGAGAGAGGAUUCGAUCUUCGCGGAAAUCAAGAAGGUCAUCAUCCGGCCUGGUCGUAAUGUGAUCGUACCUGGUCAUGAUCGCCGAAGGUCGAUCGUCCCAGGUCUGACUGGCUGGCUGGCUCCAAUGUCGGCUCUCGACUCUUGCUUCCUCCGAAAGGGGGAGACACAAUUCGGCCAACAGCAACUGCCACUGCCGCUGUGCAAUUCGAGGCAGAACGAGACGAGGGCGAGGGAGCGGAGCGGCGCGGCAGCAGAGUGCGAGGACGCGAACACCGAAAAGCUUCCACGGGCGGAGAAAUUGGAAGCUUCUCCCGCCGCAGCUGCCAAGAGCCCGACCGAACCUCCUCGAGCUCUAAAGCGAGGCUCUACAAUUCGCACCCAUACAUUCCGGCUCUAGGUCAACUCCUCCGAAUUCUCGAUGCAAGGCGAGCACAGUCCUCGAUCGACAACCCGAAUUCGAUCGCGCGGCAGCGGAAGACCAGCAGGCGGCGCAGAAUCUUCGAGAACCUCGACAGCCCCCGAUGCAAUCAGUCCCCGAAAUCCGAGCAAUGCACCAAAUUGCCGUCACAAGGUCUUGCCAUGAGGUUGACGACGACGACGACAACGGAGAACGAAGCCCUCGUCCCCAUCCAUGAAUAUGCCCAGCCCCAGCCCCAACCCCCAAGCCCCCAAGCCCAAAGCCCGGGAACCACAAGGGACCAGCUUAACGGUUUUCUUGAAGUUGGUGCGCGGUGAGGGAGAGGCGAGAGCGACGGUGGAGGGGGCAAAACAAGAAGCGCUGCCGGGCUGCCACAUGAGCCCCUGACCUUUCUGCUGUCGUCUAGUACGUAGUCCAGAGAACCCAGUCAGUCAGCCUCGGGGCUUGCCCCUCGACCGGUCCUUCCCCCGCUACGUGCCCUGCUCUGGGCGGGGCCUAUGGCGAUGCACCAUCUCUUCAACCACGUACCAUCUUGAACUCCUGUCAUCUUUCGUACUGAGAGAUGGUUGGGAUCCGCACAGCGUUGGAUUGGAAGGAAAAGCUGUUCUUUCGAUACACUCAAAUGGACAAAUGGACUCUUCUCUUGUAAGUUUGUUUCUUGGUCAUACAAGAUGUAGAGACAACACAUGAAUGAUCGAUUCUGUAGCAAUUGCUUUUGCU